ACGGCGGAGGCACCAAUGGACCCGCGGUGGCAAUACCAGUUCCGGGUGAUCAUGCUGGGGGACUCGACGGUGGGGAAAUCCUCGCUGCUGCGGCGCUACACCGAGGGCGUCUUCCUGGACGCCGUCAACGAGACGGUGGGGGUGGACUUCUACGUCCAGUUCGUGGAGCUGGAGCCGGGGCUGCGGGUGAAGCUGCAGUUCUGGGAUACGGCUGGGCAGGAGCGGUUCAGGUCCGUGACUCGCUCCUACUACCGCAACUCGGCCGGGGGGAUGCUGCUUUUCGACCUCACCAACCGUGCAUCCUUCGAGAGCGUCCGGCGGUGGCACCGGGAGGUGAUGGACACGAUCCAGCCGUUCCACAUCAUCUUCUUGCUGGUGGGGCACAAGAGCGACCUGGCAGGGCAGCGGCGGGUGGGCAGGAAGGAGGCAGAGAAGCUGGCGGCCUCACUGGGGGUGCAGUACGUCGAGACCUCGGCCAAGGACGCCAGCAACGUGGUCCAGGCUUUCCAGAUGUUGACCUUGGCCAUCUACCAGGCGCUGCAAACGGGGCGGCUGGCUCCCACCGAGGCGUGGGACGGGGUGAAGAGCAGCGUCCCGCUGCCGGCGCCGCUGAAGGCUCGGGCGCCGGGGAAGGGAGAGAAGCAGAAGAGAUGCUCGUGCUAG